CCGACGUUUCUACAUCGACCGCAAAAACGCUGGUUCCAAUAAUUUCCGACCCCUAACGGGUUAGGGUUCGCGGCAAGCCGCUGUUGAUUGCUACAGUACAAUAUAGUGUUGAGUUGCAAAAGUUGCGCGAUGUCGUGUGGUGGUUAGAGCUCAAGGCGGCCUAGUUCGUCGUGGUUUCGUGGGAAGGGGGAGCUUAUUAGAAUCAACUCUUUGGCUACCGAGAUGGGAAGCCCAUGGGGACAAAAUUCAAGUAUUAUCCUUUCUCUGCAAAUUAGGAGAUGAACUGGUGGUUUUCGUGUCUGUUUGUGCAAUAUGAGUUGUAGUAUUGCAGGUGAACUGGAAUAAGAAGAUGUAUGAUUUCGUGUCUGUUUGUGCAAUAUGAGUUGUAGUAUUGCAGGUGAACUGGAAUAAGAAGAUGUAUGAUGCUAAAUUUGAGUUUCUGAUUACUUCUAAAUUUGAAUUCAAGUUAUGUUCUAUAUGGACUAUGGAAGGUCUUCGGAACGGCAAAAGCAGGGGGCAUGUACAUUCUCUCCUUCACUUAGCAGCAAAUAUUCACCUCAACAGUUGGUUGCACCUGCUCACCCACCGCAAGCUGCAGACUCCAGAAGCAGUUCAUAUAGUGCUGGAUCUGUGGGAUCUGAUUCUGGAGCUUCCCCAUUUGACAUAUGUUUGAGUGGUAACAAAUGCGGCAUCAAGUUGAAUUCUUCUUUACUUGAGAUCAACAGAGCAAAAAGACGGGACAGGGAACUUUCCAAGGAUGCUCCAUUCCAGUACUUGAGACCUGGGAUGGUUCUGUUGAAAAGAUUCAUAAAGCCUAAUGAUCAGGUUAAAAUUGUCAAAGUUUGCCAGCAGCUUGGUGUUGGUUCAGGAGGAUUUUAUAGACCUGGCUACCGAGAUGGGGCUAUGUUAAGACUCUGGAUGAUGUGCUUAGGGAAAAACUGGGAUCCGGAUUCACACUCAUAUGGCGAUACACGUCCGUUCGAUGGAGCUCAACCACCGACCAUACCAGAAGAAUUCAGGAAGUAUGUUCAAGAUGCCAUUCAAGCUUCCCAUGAACUCCUGAAACAAAACAUAGGAGCUGUCAAUGCUGUGGACGAACUUCCUCUGAUGUCACCAGAUAUCUGCCUUGUUAACUUCUACAACAGUAGUGGGAGGCUAGGUCUUCAUCAGGACAAAGAUGAAUCAAUGAGCAGCCUUGAUAAGGGAUUGCCUGUCGUUUCUUUUUCAUUAGGCGAUACCACAGAAUUCUUGUAUGGCGAUGUUAGAGAUGAAGAGAAGGUUUCAAAGGUUGCUCUUGAAUCUGGUGACGUCCUUAUAUUUGGUGGUAAGUCGAGGCUGAUAUUCCACGGGGUUUCCAACAUGAAACCUAAUACGGCGCCAAAGUGGCUGACGGAUGAGACAAGUCUUCGACCUGGGCGUCUGAAUCUCACAUUCAGGCAGUACUAGACAGUUGCCUACUAACCAGUAGAAGGUCACUUAUCUUUUUUUGUACGUAUCUCAGUAUGUUGUUACCAAAAAAAUUGCAGUAGAUUCUAUCUAGUAACUGAAGAUCAUGAAUGCACCGCUGCAUUGAAUGUUUGUUACCCUGAUAAAUCUUUUGCCUUCAUCUUGCAUGUGAAUAUAUGGGAAUUCAGAGUUGCAGACA